AUGCAACUCUCCGCCGUUUUCGUCUUUUUGGUUCUCUGCUUGGCCGCGGUUUUCGCUGUUCCGCUUAAAGAUGCUUCCCGUGCUCGCCGUGAAGUCGCUCCAUCGGAGAAGCGUCAAACGAAAUCUCGUUCUGGAUACAUCCGCUUCGGAAAACGACGAGUCGACCCAAAUGCCGAACUUCUCUACCUUGACCAACUUCUUCUUUAA